AGCACUCUCACAGUUCCUGGCUCACCGGAUAGCAUACCUCCACCAUCAUAGAAGCUUUCUUGGCAUUGCCUUUCUGUUUGUAAAUUCUUUUUUAGCUUGCUUACGAUUUUUUUAACAUCAUCUCUGGAAAUUCAUAGAGCGUAUGUUCGUGAGCCGGCACCAUGUCAGUUACAAGCACGUGGUCGAUGAAGAAGUGAAUUUUGUCAGCCUGCUGCCGCGACCGACAUUACUUGAUCGGAUCCGUCGACAUUCUCUAUGGCAGAGGUUGAAGAAGGCCCCCCUGCUGUCGACUACACGCAACGGCCGAGCGAGCCCGUGCGCAUCCAGUCGUUUCUUCAACUUGCUUCGUUCCAUGUCGGGAAAGACCCGGGCGACGAGUCGGAGCUCGUGGGCGGGCGCGUCCGUCUCUGGCUGUACUGGAUCGACCCCCGUAUGGCGAAUUGGCCGGAGGGCACGCCCCUGCCCACGACACUUUGGCGCCCGGAGUGCGGCAUCAUGUGGCGCCUGAAGCGGAUCCUCGAUGACGACGAAAAGAAGAAAACGACCGCCUCCACCACGGUGGUCCUUACGGAGAAGGAGCACACCGCCGCGGCAGGUUUCCAGCACAUGCCACAACCGCAGAUCUGGAACGGCCAGGACGCCAGGAAGCGGGGUCUGGUGUUCAUAAAGGUCUUGCUGGAAGUCACGGACGUGGACAUGCUGGAGGAUGAGUACCGUUUGAAAGUUUUCCCCUUCGACGUGCUGAGGAUAGACUGCGCGAUCUGGAUGAGCGGGCAGCAGCGUAUGGAAAGCACGGACAAAGUGGACGUGGAAUUUUUUCCGAUGCAACUCGGCGGGCCGAAUGGUAUCAAAGAGGAUGGAAUAAAGAAGGACCACUUGGAAAACGACCAUGAAGAUGUGAAAAACCAGUUUUACCCGCUUCUGAUCAGCACGGGAAAGCCGUCAGAAACUAGUAUCGACAAUGCUGCCGGCGCGGCCGAAUCGGUUGCUCUGGAGCUCGAUCCACAAAAGGGAAACCGCAUAGCGGUCGGCUGUCGAACGAAGGCGGGGGAGCUGGAGCUGAGCGGCAUCACCUUUGCUGGCAACACGCACACCUCCAUGAUGACGGGAGUGCAAUACUCCGAUGUGAUCUUCUCGUUCCACUUGAAACGCCGCCCGCAGCUCUAUCUGUGGAAGGGCGUUGUCCCGUUGUCCCUCUGCUUUCUGUACGGCCUUCUCACUACGUUUUUGCACCCACAGGAGCUUGGCGGGAGGUUGCAGACGCACACGGCGUUGUUCCUCACCGUCUUCGCGAUUCAAUGGGUGCUCGCGGAGCGGGUGCCCAAAAUCUGCUACCUGACUUUGCUUGACCAUUUAGUGUUCGCCGUAGUUGCGGCCCUGACGAUACUAGUUUUCGGUAGCUGCGCAGCGUACGCUUUUGGCCUCGGCGCGGCAGGGAUUAUCGGGACAGAUGACAAUAGCGAGUCAUUCGACCUGAAAGGGGCAAGGAUGGUGGAUUUCGUGACGUUGUUGGUUGUUCUGAUGACCUUUGCCGCACAUUUCACGUACGUGGCUAGGACACGAUCGCUGCGAAGCGUGAUCUGGGGCGGUGGGCGCAGCGGACCGUUGAGUGGUAUCAAAGUGGGACCGAGCAGUGGCGCCGCACAGGCAUCGGCCACGCCUGAAAGCGAUAUAACGGUGUUCGGCACGCGAUCAUGGAAGAAAGGGACGCAUAUUAUCAAUGGUGUGUGCGUGCCAAAACCUGGUAAUACCUUCGUCUUAGACGCUGAAAACUUUGGAACGUCGAAACAGAAGCGGCUAGGCGUUUCCGGGCGCGGCUUACGGGUUGGAGAGGCCUUUUGA